UCAGCCACCAUGAAAGGGUUAGGAGCCAACCGCAGUCGUCACAUGUCUGACUCAUGUGAACCAGCGGGAUGCCAACAGAAGCCGCUCUGUCCUAUGACCUCUGACCCUCACAGCUCCUUUCUGUUGAGCCCCACCAUAAACCACUAUGGCACCCUGGACCCCCAUCUCCACCAGUGCUCUACCACCAGCCCCACCGCCCUGACCCCGGACUGCCUGCUGCCUUUCAGCCAGAUGUCCAACAGCAGCACCUUCCCUCGUCUGCACUUCACCUCCCAGAUGGAGCAGGUUGACUGCUCCCAGGCCUGCAUGGCUGGUGGGGGCGGAGUCGGGCAGGGCAUCAGAGCAGGUGGACUGUCCAACUCCUUGUCUAUGGGCAUGGGCUUAGGUCUGGGCCUAAGUGGCGCUCCAAUGAUCACCAGUGGAUCGGCCACUAUCUCUUCUGCAGCAGCAGCCAAGAUGAAUCGGUUACCCUCGAACCUUUUGGAUCAGCUAGAGAGGCACCUGCCCCUGCAGCGCGACGGCUUCAGCACGCUGCAGUUUCAUAGGGGACGUAUGUCGAAGCAGCGCAGUGAGAGUCCAGGACGCAUACGCCACCUCAUGCACUCUGUGCAGAAGCUAUUUGCCAAGUCCCAGUCCCUGGAAAACUCUGCAAUCAAAGGAGGCAUGAACGGGCGAUCUGCUGGAGGAACGACCGGCAGCACAGGUGCUGGUGAGGAUGGUGGAAGACCAACGCGCAGGAGCAAGAGUAAAGACAGGGCUAAAACUGAGGGGCCAAAGCAGAGGCCGAGGCCCAACGCACUAGGCCUCUGGAGCUCAGACGAUGCCCUGGACACUGACACAACCAAAGCUGGCACUAUCGCUGUAGGUUACCGCAACCCUCUGACCAUGAUGUCUCUUGGUAGAGCGGUGUCAGACAGCCAGGCCGCUCCCAGAUACAUCCCACAGGGCUACAACACCAUUUCUGCACAUACUCUCAAGACCUCGAAAAGCAGCAGUGACCUCAAGUUUUUGGCAUGCCAGGCGACACAGGUAGUAUCCAAGGAAGAGGAGGGAAGAUUCAGGGGAAGCAAGGAUGAUAUACUGGUGAAGAGGGGCUCCUGGUCCACUCUCACCCUCAGCCAGGCCAGGCAAGUGUUGCAGAAGGGCUCUGCUACAGUAAACAAGACCCUGCUUAAAUCAAAGUCAUGCCACCAAGACAUGGCACAGCAGUUUCUUCAGGUAGGAGGGACAGUCCCACUGGGGGACUGGGCAGGAACUCUGGGUCGAGGCCGGGCCAGAGGAACUGAGAUCCCCUGUCGAAGGAUGCGCAGCGGCAGCUACGUUAAAGCUAUGGGAGACCUAGAGGACAGCGAGGACUCGGAGGGAAGCCCCAAACCUUCCCCCAAAGCCACCGCCCGACGCCAGAGCUACCUGAGGGCCACCCAGCACUCCCUGAGUGAGCAGCAGCCAGCUCCACCUCAACGCAACUCCCUUCCAUCCUUGAGAGAGCUGCCGACCAAUCGGAGCCUCGACAACUUAGACUGCCUGGUGAGCCCGCUGGAGGCCCCUCCGCGUUACAGGGACAGUGAUUUCAGCCAUUGUUCUGGCACACUGGGCAGAGGCUCGGGCACUCAGCGUGUGAGUCUGCACACGUUCUUUCAGGUAUACGGGCAGGGCUGUGGGCACUCACUACCGUACUGUGAGGGGGAAUCAAAGGCAGUGGAGGCUCUGGAUCUACCUGCGCCCACGUGCUUCCGGUCGCGUAGCCACAGCUACCUACGUGCCAUCCAGGCGGGCUGCUCCCAGGACGAAGACACGGCCUCUGUGGACUCGGACUCACCGCCACCCACCACUACAGGCUACAGUUACAGCUCCAACACAAUCAGCAAUAGGAAGGCUCCUCCUCCGGUCCCUCCCCGCACCACAUCCAAGCCACUCAUCUCAGUGACGGUGCAGAGCAGCACCGAGUCGGCCCAAGACGUUUACAUCGACCAGCAGGAACGAGGCAGCGAGGCCAACAGCCAGUCAGGACGCAGCAACUCCUCCGACAGUCUCUGUAGCAUCCGCACGGGCAGUCUGGCCAAGGGGACUCGACCUCUACCAGUCCCCGUCCCUGCUGCCUUGACCUCUGGACCCGCUGCAGGCUCUGUUCAUCCUGUUCCAGCCCCCCGUGACCUCCCUCCCACCACCAGCACCACUGUCGCCACCAGCACCACUUCCACAUCUACCCAGUCCCAAAAUGACACCCUGAGCAUCGGUUUCACCCUAGAGCCGGCCCCGACUGCAACCAAGAGGAAACUGUCCUCCAUCGGAAUUCAGGUGGAUUGCAUUCUGCCAGUCUUGAGAGAGGAACCACUAGCCCUGACUGCACCCCUCAAGUUUCAGUCUAUUGGAGUUCAAGUGGAGAACGGCAGGCCACUCAGCCGGGACAGCAGCAUGGCCUCCAGACAAAACACAGAGACCGAGCCACAGGAGCCCCAGGAUGCCACACCCACAGAAAACAACACAGCCAACUGCACCAACAGUCUAACAGUGAAUGCCACCGCGCCCAACGGACAGGACAAAGCCAUGGAACAGCAGCCCCUUAAACACACCUCAGCCCAAGCCAGGAUAUCCAGCCCGCCUCCGGUGACUCUGGACCCGGCUUUAGACCCGUCCUCGCUGCCGCCGCCAGACCCCAGCCUGGAGUCUGGAAACUGCAGCACCCAAGGCGACGCCGUUCAGCCCGGCACGCCAGCCUGCCUCCGAGAUGGUAACUGGUUUAUGAAGCUGCUGCAGGCGGAAACGGGGCGCAUGGAGGGCUGGUGUAAACAGAUGGAGCAGGAGACCAAAGACAACAAGCUGUCAGAGGAGGUGUUGGGAACGAUCCGCAGUGCAGUCGGCAGUGCUCAGCUCCUCAUGACAAAGAAGUUUGAGCAGUUCAGAGGGCUCUGUAAUGAGAACUUGGACGUAAAUGCCAACCCACGACCUACAGCGCAGGACCUUGCAGGGUUCUGGGAUCUGCUACAACUCUCAAUAGAAGACAUCAGCAUGAAAUUUGAUGAGCUCUACCAACUGAAAGCCAACAACUGGCAACUUCCUGAGAAAUCAGAGAAGAAGGAUGAAAACAAGCAGCUUCCAUCAUCUGUGCCAAAGAAGCCGACUAAGCCCAAGCUGUCGGCGGGGAAGGACCGGAGCGUGGACUCGGCUGUGGACAAACAGCGGCAAGAAGCCAGGAAACGCUUGAUGGCGGCGAAGCGCGCGGCGUCGGUGCGGCAGAACUCCGCCACGGAAAGCGCCGACAGCAUCGAAAUCUACGUCCCCGAGGCCCAAACCCGCCUCUGAUGAGAGAUGAACCAGCCACAGAUCAUCGCGAGAAAAACAAAAAAAAAAAAAAUCCGGACUCCCCUCAGACAUUCAUUGACACAAAAACACAGAUCUGAGACGAACACGCAGAUGUACAACAGGAUGUACGGAGGCCGAUCCCUCACAGCUGGUGACAGGAGACAUGUGGGGGUCACAGGGCACGGAAACAAUCCAGAAUAAUGCAGAUCGUCACAGCUGCCGUGGGACAGAAAAACAUCCUUGACAUUUGUUUAAUACUAUUGUUAUUAUUGUUAUUAUUGACAUUAUAAUAAUUAUUAUCUCCUAAAGUAUAUCAGGACUGUCUUAAAUGUGCAAGUAUCUUGGAUAAGGACAUCCUGUACCUUGUGAGCUGAAGAAUCUCGGUAUCCCACAAGUUUUACUCUCUUAAAAACUCCCCCUCACUGCUGAGUCUAACCGGCAAAGUUGUGGCUGCCCGGUUUAACGAGCUGAGCUACCAUCCACACACACACACACACACACACACACUCAGGACACACAUGCAGGUGCACUCGCUGUCCACAGAGUCUUCCUGUUCUCUAUUUGUAUUAGGCUGCCACUCGUCGGGGGUGUGGUGUGUACACUUUUACCGUGUGCAAAACUCUUAAAAGAUUGGCGAUGAUGUACUCGGAGGUUUAAAAUGCAGAGAACCAGAGGAAGGCAGUAGCAUAUAUAUUAUAAAUAUCACACUAUUGCGAUGUUCAUUUUGUAAAUGUUGUAUACCAGAUUAUUUGUUAGAAAGAGGUCAGUGUUCAGUACCAAGGUAGUUUUUUUUAUAGAUCGAGUCCAUGUACUGUCAUGAUAUAUUAGCACUUGAUGCAAUCAUUCACUCCACCUCUUUCUCUUCCUCUCCUGUUCACAAACGCACACUACACAGUCUGUGUCUGUGAAUACCCAUCGUUAAAGUCUUACAGUUGUUUUUUUGGGGUUUUCUUUUUUUUUUUUGUGAAGGGGGGGGAUGUGAGGAUUGACUGCCCUGCCAGUGAGCUACAGAGGAAUGUAUGAAAUUGUAUGCAUUUACAGCUCAUGUCGACUUGAUCACUGCACUUUCCAUUCACCUCAGAUCAAGUUCGCUCACCUUCGUUUGCCUGAUCAUCCCGCCCUUCACUGCAUCCUCGUGCGAUGUAGGGGACCAAGACAUUCACCACUUGAAAUGGCAUUCCCAUUCAACCAGACUGCGUGUGAUUAAGGGCGGGGGGGUUUACUUGCCACUGGAAAGGAAAACGGAAUAGCAUAGCAAUAAUAAAAGUCGUAUUAGAGCGAGCAGAGCAGUAGGUACCCAGUCUUAAAUUAUUUAAUUCAACAUUUCCAAUAAGUCUUUCUUAGCAUGUUGAAGGAUGAAUGUUUGUUUCUUUUAUGGACUGACUGCCCUUGAAAUUAUUUAAAAUCUCAGGUUGAACAUGAACUCAACAGUAAUAAAACCACUACGGAUGGAUUAUUUAUUAUAUAACCACAAAUUAACUGGCCCGAAUGUUUCAGAGCCAUUGACAAAUAUUUUAAAUCCAGACCUACUCGGUGCUCUUCAGUAAGGAAAAUCAUGUUUUGGUGCAGCGAAGUCCGUUCUUAAUACGACCGCUCAGAUCGGCCGGUCUCCUUCGCUGACCUUUUUCUAGCAGCUUGAACUCCCACCCCCUGUUUGUUGAGAAUGAACUGUGGUACAUUUGUUUUUAUUUAAAUUUGAAUGUCAUUCGACACGUUUUGUGACCUUCGCCCGAAGGCGAGGUCGACCUAAACAUGUCUCGAUUUCUGUAAUUUGUAAUUUUUAAUAAGUAAUGGUGCUGCGAACGGCAAUGAUCAUCGACAUUUCAGUGUCAUUUGAUAAAGCUUUUAUUUAAAUUGUUUGUUUUUAAAAAAAAAAUUGAAUCUGCUUAUGAAUUCAGUCUGUGUGUGCAUUCUCAGCCAAGUUUGUUUAAUGUUUGCAUCAGCUGACUCCACAUACGCUAUGCCUUGUCUCCGUCUCACCUCAUGACCUUUUGAGUAUAGGACUGGAAUAUAUUCCAUGUUUCAGUUUUCUCAAAUGGAAACAAGUGCCAAAGGGUUCAUGAGUGGAACUGGGCAUUGCAUACACUCAUGCACAAGUGUAGGUUGUGACUCACUAGUAGUUGUUUUAAUUUUUUAAUUUUUUUUUUUAUUUAAGAGCUGGCUCUCCCCCUACUGGUCAGUCCUUGCGUGACACUCCAGACAUCUUGUUCUGCUCCAUUUUGAAUCUUUUAGUUAACAUCACACAAGAAAUGACGUUGAACUGGGAAUGCUGACACAACAAGUUGUUGAUUUUUCUUAUUCUCUUGUUUGUAUAACAUCAACAAUGGACAUGUGCAUUUCAUUGUCCAAAGAAACCAUUAAACAUCC